UUUUCAAGCGACGUUUCAGUUAGAGGGCAAGCACCAGCAAUAAGCAGACAUCAUGCCGGAGCUAAUAGAGCAAAUGUAUUGCUCCCAGCAGAUUGUCAUACCACCUAAGUUUCCGUACAUAUUGAAGAGGUAUUGCAAAGCGGCAAUAAAAACUCAGCCCUACGACCUUCUCCGCUGGUCGUACGAAUACUUCAAGGCACUUGCCGAGCACAGGGAACCGCCCGUGAAGCUGCGGCUCGAGUAUCCUGUGUAUAGCACUGAAGGUGGCCUUACAAGAGGGUGUCUGAAAGUUUUGGCAAAUCAGUUAAGUGGCAUGUCCGAAGUCCCGCUGCCAGUCCUGAAAAACGCGUGGCAAGGCUUCUGUCUCGAUCCUCAUGAGCUGAAGAGAGUGCUGUGCCUCUGCGAAGUAUACCUACGGGAGGAGACUGUUCCCUUCUUACACUUCAUCGCAGUAGCUGGGGGAUUAUUGACAAAGACUCUUACUCACACCAUGAUCUUACUCUGCGAGACCCUCACCAAAGAACCAGACGGUGGAUCAGCUGCGAUCCCUGUCAAUGAAUUCCUCACUAUGUACAAGUUUCUCGCCAAAAUGGACGCCUCCAAAGACGUGAAAUACUUCAACGGAUACAAGGAAGGUAUGGUAGCCGGGCGUCAGAUGUCGACUACUAGCGGUGAAUUUAUCGUUCAACAUAUUGAAAAUGAGAUUAUGUCGUAUAUCGAUCAACAAAUCGCUAUAUUACCUGAUCCAGAUUUAAAGAAAAAAAAGGCUAAACCAGAUGAAGAGGCUAUGAUCCGGGACAUUGUAGAUACAUUCAUUGACGAGAACAUGGACAUUAUUGUGCCUGAAGUGGAGGAGAUUGAAGAGGAGGAGCAUCCUAUUCCUGAAAUGACAUUAGUUCAUGCAGUACCCGGUAUUGGAGCACCAGUAGAAGAAGAGAUAAUGAAAGAAUUCAUGGAUUACGCCCUCGAGGUGUGCAAAGUACAAGCCGAUGUGUUCAUGCCAAGAAAUAUCAGACAUUUCUUAUGUCCACCUCUUGAGAAAUACGAAGAAUACAAAUCUGAGAAAAGUACAAAAGAAGAAGAGGUGCCCACUGGUGGCGUCAUCACUGAUUAAAUAAAAACAACAAAGAUAAAUAAUAAUAUUAAUAUUUAGUAUUAUUAGCAUGUAUUAGAUAUUUUUGCACAGUUCUACUUUAGAUUUACUAAUAAAUUACAAUAUAUCAAAUCUCUUA